ACUCAAAUACAAGGAAAUCUUGGUCGAUAAGAUGCCAGAAAUUUGUGACUGAAACUUACUUUUACCUGACCUCCAAGGUUAAUAUCACAUUUCACAUUAAGGUAUUUUUCAUCCUAUAAUGUUAAAAAGGUGUGUGUGGUUUGACUUGGUCAGAUUUUAAGUAUUUAUCUUUCCUUAUCAGUCCCCCUCCUUUUCCUAUCCCUCCCCACCACAGUCUCUUUUGCUCUGUUUAGGGUUCCUACUGCUGGCUAUCUAGUCAUUACCAUUCUAAUACCAUUUAAGGUAGCUCUGCUGGGUUUAUGUUGAGCCCUACAAUCCAGUUUCUCUUUUAAACCUGGCUUCCUAAAUCAAGCUGACAAGCCAUUUUAUUUUUUAUUUUUCUCUCUUUUUUCAUUUCAACCACUCGCGAUUUAGAUCGGCUAGGGAGAUAUAAUGGGCGCUGGGUGCAGCCUCUGCCCGCAGGAGCCGGUGUUUUCGAGGUUUCCUCCUUUCCCGGCUGGACGUGCCUCCGCCGGGCACAGCACCUUGUGAAGGACUCCAGCCCCCACAGUUCCUUGUGCGCGCAUGCCCUUUCUUCUCACAGUUGUCAAAGUGCUUUUGCCAGAGCGGUCACCUAAUCAGCCUGAAAGAAGAAAAUAAAUACUGUACACUUUUACAUUUUAUCGAUCCUUAAACACUGGACACUCUAAGCUGCGCAAACCAUGCAGGAUGAUUUACUGAUGGACAAAAGCAAAACCCAGCCCCAGCCCCAGCAGCAGCGGCAGCAGCAGCAGCAGCAGCAGCCCCAGCCCCAGCCCGAGCCCAGCGCAGCCGACGCCCCGUCCACGCCCCUCUCCUCGGAGACCCCCACGCCGGACGACAGCAGCCCCGCCGCGGCGGCCCCGCCGGCCCCCAACGGCCCCGAGAAGAUGCAGCUGGAGUCGCCGCUCCUGCCGGGCUUGAGCUUCCACCAGCCCCCGCAGCAGCAGCCGCCGCCGCCGCCGCCGCCGCAGGACCCCGCCGCGGCGCCCGGCGCGUCGCCGCUGUCGCCGUCCUUCGGCAGCACCUGGUCCACGGGCACCACGAACGCGGUGGAGGACAGCUUCUUCCAGGGGAUCGCCCCCGUCAACGGGACCAUGCUCUUCCAGAACUUCCCGCACCACGUCAACCCCGUCUUCGGGGGCACCUUCUCCCCGCAGAUCGGCCUGGCGCAGACCCAGCACCACCAGCAGCAGCAGCCGCCGCCGCCCGCCCCGCAGCCGCAGCCCCCGCAGCCCCCGGCGCAGCCCGCGCCGCAGCCCCCGCAGCCGGCGCCACAGCCCCCGCCGCAGCGCCGCUCGCCCGCCAGCCCCAGCCAGGCGCCCUUCGCGCCCCGCAGCGCCGCCGCCGCCGCCGUCGCCGCCGCCGCCGCGGCGUACGGCCACCAGCCCAUCAUGACCAGCAAGCCGUCCUCGUCCUCGGCCGCCGCGGCCGCCGCCGCCGCAGCUGCCGCGUCCGCCUCGUCCGGCUGGAGCGCGCACCAGGGCGUGAGCGCCGCCGCCUGGAGCGCGCCCUCCGGCCCGUGGGGCGGCCUGCCCGCCGGCCGCGACCCCCGCCGCGCGGUCGGCGUGGGCGUGGGCGUGGGCGUCGGGGUGCCCUCGCCGCUCAACCCCAUCUCGCCGCUCAAGAAGCCCUUCUCCAGCAGCGUGAUCGCGCCGCCCAAGUUCCCCCGCGCCGCCCCGCUGCCCUCCAAGUCCUGGAUGGAGGACAACGCCUUCCGCACCGACAAUGGCAACAAUCUGUUGCCAUUCCAGGACCGGAGUAGGCCCUAUGACACUUUUAACUUGCACUCGUUGGAGAACUCCUUAAUGGAUAUGAUAAGGACUGAUCAUGAGCCUCUGAAAGGUAAACACUACCCUCCCAGUGGCCCACCAAUGAGUUUCGCUGAUAUAAUGUGGAGGAAUCAUUUUGCAGGACGCAUGGGAAUAAAUUUCCAUCAUCCAGGAACAGAUAAUAUUAUGGCACUUAACACCAGGAGCUAUGGGCGGAGACGAGGUCGGUCUUCUCUCUUUCCCUUCGAAGACGCCUUCCUGGACGACAGUCAUGGCGACCAGUCCUUGUCCUCUGGCCUCAGCUCCCCCACUCGCUGUCAAAACGGGGAGCGAGUGGAGCGCUACUCCAGGAAGGUGUUUGUGGGAGGCCUUCCCCCUGACAUCGACGAAGAUGAGAUCACCGCCAGCUUCCGCAGGUUUGGACCUCUCGUGGUGGACUGGCCUCACAAAGCCGAAAGCAAGUCAUACUUUCCUCCGAAAGGCUAUGCCUUCCUGCUGUUCCAGGAGGAGAGCUCCGUGCAAGCUCUGAUAGAGGCCUGCCUGGAGGAAGACGGGAAGCUGUACCUGUGCGUGUCCAGCCCCACCAUCAAGGACAAGCCGGUGCAAAUCCGACCGUGGAACCUAAGUGACAGUGACUUUGUAAUGGAUGGUUCUCAGCCUCUGGACCCCAGAAAAACUAUCUUUGUUGGGGGAGUUCCACGACCCCUUCGAGCUGUUGAACUGGCAAUGAUCAUGGACCGUUUGUACGGUGGCGUCUGCUAUGCUGGCAUCGACACGGACCCGGAGCUGAAGUACCCCAAAGGUGCUGGCCGCGUGGCGUUCUCCAACCAGCAGAGCUACAUCGCCGCCAUCAGCGCCCGCUUUGUGCAGCUCCAGCACAACGACAUUGACAAACGGGUGGAAGUGAAGCCAUACGUGCUGGACGACCAGAUGUGUGACGAGUGCCAGGGCACGCGCUGCGGGGGCAAGUUCGCCCCGUUCUUCUGUGCCAACGUCACCUGCCUGCAGUACUACUGCGAGUACUGCUGGGCCAGCAUCCACUCGCGCGCCGGGCGCGAGUUCCACAAGCCGCUGGUGAAGGAGGGCGGCGACCGCCCCCGCCACGUGCCCUUCCGCUGGAGCUGAGCCCGCGGCAGGCCUGGCGGCGACGACGGAGGAGGGAACCGAGAGGGCACCGCCUCAGGGCUUACCGUGUUCUGGAAAUCUGUGCAUUCGUUCUCGAUUUUUAAAGAAGAAAUGGGUCUUUUUAUUAUUAUUAUUAUUAUUAUUAUUUACAGUCAUAUUACUGAACUCCAUGUCCAGUAUAAUGCAGAACUGCAGAGUGUAUAACGGUACUGAUUUGCACUUUGAUUCACACCUUUUGUCUGCUUGGUACCUUCAUUUCUUCACACCUGACCUUGUCCCUCGUGACAGUACGUAGACUGCCAUUCUCAUCAGCGGCCAUCAGGCUGAUGUCUAUGGGGUUUUUUUGUUUGUUGCCGUUGUGUUGUUGUUGUUGUUACGAUUGUUUUUGAACUGGAGCAUGCACUUAUUUUCAGAAACUUAGAGCGUUGCCCCUAGGAGAAGACUCACCAAAGGGAACACUCGUGAGCAGGUGGCAGAUGUAGCAAAAACUUCACAACAAUUCAGCAAUCACUAGUUGGGGUCAUUUAGAGUAAGGGUAAUGCAACCCUUCAUGAAAAUAAGCCUUUAGUUGCUCUCUUAUCUUGACAUGUAAGGAUACCUCAUAAGCUGAAUCUUUAUUUUUUUUUUCCCCUUCACGUUUGAUUUUGUUUUGCUGAGGAUUUCAGUUAGAUCUCUUAGUGUUACGUAAAUUUAUGCUGCAAUAGCUUUUGCUGCUAUUAAACAUGGUAUUAUUAAUACCAUACUACUCUAUUCAGGCUAAGGUAUCAAUGAAUAAAACCCAACAACACACUGUCAGUGAUUUAGGGAUAGAACCCACUGCUGAAAGGAGAUCAGAAGAGACUUCAGGAGGCUUUAACGGAAGGUCACUAUUUCUGACUGCAUGUUUACUUAAUCAGGUUGCUGCAUGCAAUAAAUUUUAUAUCCAAUGUCUAGUAUGAAACCUUCCCACAAUGCACAAAUUAAGAAUCUAUAUAAGCUAUACAAUACUGAUUUUUUUAAACAAACAAAGAACAAGAUUUUUUUUUUUUUUCAUUCAAAGAAUUGGUAAUUGACUGGAGGAAGGCAUGCCUCAAUAAAUGGAAUGCUUCUGAAAUUAGGAAGAUCCCAUAACAGAAUGACCUAUAUUACAACCAAUAUACAACCUAGGUGUAGGAUAUUCUUAAAAGCAAAUUCGUGGAUGGUAGAUGAAGUACUUUGCGGUGCUCUGUUAUAUAUCGUGCAAUUUAUUUUAUAUAGUAAAGUGAUUAUGUCUAACUGUGAUCGAACUUAACUGUUUCAAAGCCUCUGUGUCAGACGUUAGUGAACUUGACAGUUCACAACUGGUAUACUCUUAACUAACACAUGAGCUCUUAGUUCCAAUCUCCUAGUGCUUGCACCAUUUUACUACAUAGCUUCAGACCUUGUCCAGAAAACCAAAGAGCUCAUCUUUAGCUUACAAACACUAGGAAUAUAUACAGUCUAUAGAGAUAAGUUGUCAGAUUGACAAGCUGGGCACACUUUAAGAGAAAAGUUGCGUGACGGUGAUGCUAAAGAAAUGUCUGUGCGAGAAACGAUGGCCUAGGGGGGAGGGGUCGGUUGUCUGGGUGAGACAUUCACUACUUAAUUCCCUGGAUUUAUCCUGUAAAGCUUGAAUAGAAUUAAGACCUGCUAAUAAAUACUACCGUGGACAUUUUUUUAGCAUUCACUCUUGGGCUGCAGAUAGUAAUAUAUAAACACACACGAUGAUUGUGAGACUGUGUAGAAUUUUUUUUUUUUUUUUAAUCUUCUUCCUAUGUUUUGGAAAUCUGGGGACAAUCUGACUGGAUAUGACACUGCAGACUAGGUUUAAAUCGCUGUUUUCCGUGCUGUGAUGUCCUUGUACCGUCUUAAGUUAAUAUUGCUUGUUUUGUUUCUCCAGUGUUUCAUUGCAAUUACCAGCUCUCAAAACCAUAGUUUGUUUCCAAAAAAAGGAAAAACAAAAUAGUUUUUUACUGGAUUAAAAAUGCUUAUUAGAAAUUCUCCCCUUUUGAGGUUACCUCUGGGCUUUUGGGUAAGAAUUGCUUUUUUCCAGCCCAGCUGUGGCUUUCUGUUGUUUGUUUUCUAUGUCUGUGGGUUUUUUUUCGUUUUAUUUUGUUUUUCAUCUGUAUAAGAAGUUUUGUUAUGCACUACUACUAUUUGUAUUCUAGACAGUUUUCAAAAGUUGGCUGAAGAUUUUUUUGUUUGUUUGUUUUUAAGGAAAAAGGCAUGCUUUCUGACUGACAUGAUCUUUUUGCAAUACCUCAAUUUUGAAAUAUAGGAGAGAAAAAUGAUAUUUUCUAAGUAUGUUUAUUCAGAAAAAUAUAUAUUAAUUUAAUUCUGCAAGAAAAAUGAUUUAACAGAUGGGUAACUUUAUUUUUUUCAUGCUUAUUUGUGUUUUUUGAAAAUGAAGAAGUUAGAGCUUUAUAACUAUAUUAAAGAUCAUAUCUAACCUACAGAAAUCUACCUAAUUAUAUGAGAGAAGCAAAACUUUUUGAAGAAGCACCCCUCUUUCAUGUACUAAAAUAACACUGAGAUUUAAAAAUAAAAACAAAAACAACAACAACAAAAAAAGCUGGAAGAUUGUACAGCAUAAAGCUUCACGUGAAAGCUUAACGUUGUCAUGAAUAGGUUACAAAAAAUAAACUCCAUUUUGGUGCUGAAAGUUGUGAAUAGAUGGUGGAAACUACUUUCCCUUAAUUUGUAUAUUUAUAAUCAAGCGUUGAUUGUGCACGACUGGCCAGGAUUGUGAAAGAAUUCUUCUGUUUGUAUUUUUUUAAAAAGAGAACUUUUUUAGUUUAUUAAAUUAUAACAUGUUCCCUUUUGUUUUGUAAAUAAAUGUGCCCCUCCUCCCCCGAGUUGUUAAUGUUAUAUUAAAAGAGAGGGUCCUUCAAAAAAAAUUAUUUUUUAAAAAACAGAGGUGUUCUGACCUGCAACUUGACUGGGAAGCCCCUGGGUAUCACAGGUCCUGUAGUGGCCUUUCCUUGAUGUGACACUUGAACUAGUCGAUUUUUUGAAGGCUAUAACCUAACCUCGACUCUUUGUUGUUAUGUGCAAUACUGUUUGUACUGUUUGUAUAAAAAAAAAUAGAAAAAAAAAGAAAAGAAAAAAGGCAUAAAUCUUUAUUGCAGAUUUAUUUUCAUUGCAAACUUUAGACAUUGUGAUUCACUGAAAUCAUUUUUCUACUGUCAAAUAUGUACCUUUUCUUCAUGCUGGUAUUUUUUCAAUAGUAAUGUAGCCUUUGUACUGAGACAAAUUUUCAUUGUUAUUUUUAGAGAGAUUUUUUGCUAAGAAAAAAAUUUAAACAUAUUUACAUAUUUUUCAUUUUAUUUCGUAUUUUCUUUAAGGAGUGCUUUCUCAAUCAUUAAUAAGAGUUGUUUCUGGGAGGGACUUUCAUAUCUGGUCAAUGUCAUAAUAUUAUUUUGUAUUUUUACUUGGAAUAAAUUAAUUUUAUGAUGCUAAUUCUUUAAAAGUUUAUUUUUUUCAUUUUCGGUUAUUUUUGAAGCUAAAAACCUUUGUAAUAUUGUUACUAAAGUGUCUAGUUUUUUGAAAUGCAAAGCUUUAUGUAUUAACUUGCUGAUGUGGUUUACAAUAGUGUGACAACAAUGAAAAAACGGUUGGUUAUGUAAAGAAUAAUUGGGUAAUAAAAUGACAGAAUGAGCAGAACAUGUGAGAUUUUUGACAAGCCUUUUCCUUUGUUACAGUGGUUUAGUGUGAGAUUAGGGAUGUCACAGUACAGUUCUCUAGGGAUGUCACAGUGGAUUUAUACAACACCAGGUGCAGCCGCGUCUGUGGCCCUGAUCACGGUCACCCUCGUGAGACACCACCAGGCUGACACCUGGCCAGGUCAACAGAACGACUCAUUGCUUCCCCCUCUGACUCUUCAUUAUGUUGUGUGUGUGUGUGUGUGUGUGUGUGUGAAUCUGCCCCCAACUGCUGUCCAUGUGUGAGUGAGACGAUGCCUUUUCGCCAGGCCACCCCUUUCCCCAUUCAUUCCCUGUGGUGACGUCUGAGAGUGAACAGAAGCUGCUGAGAGGACAGACCCCGCCUUCUGGGGAGUUAGAAGCGGAUCGCAGGGUCUCCCUGGUCCUGCACUCUCAGCCGUCAACCACGGUCGUGGACAGUCUCCGACUUCAUCGCCCUUCACCUCCCGCCUGCUCCCUGCUCUGGUGCCCCUUGUUUGUCCCCCCUCAUCGUCCCUCGCUGUGGCCACCCAUCUGGCAACCCUCUGAGCAUGAUCUGUCUGCCUUCCUGCUUCUUUUCCAAACACCCACCUCACCUCGGAGCUGUGCUGUGAAUGGCGGCGAGCCAUCAGAAUGGCACCUAAAAUUAAGACGACAAAAAAAAAAACACACACACAAAAACGACGACAUACGACUGCAGAACUGGUGUUGCGUAAACAGAACAUCCAAUGAUUUGCUCUAGAUCGAAGGUGUGUUUCUACCGGUCCUUGAUGGCCUCUUCCGGCCCCGCUGCCCGGGAGGCGGGGCGGUCCAUGGCUCGGAGAAACGGCUGUCCAGCGUUGGCUCUCGGUAUGCUCUCUGUGUUCAGUUUUGUAAAUACUAUAUAGAUUAGAUCAAGUCGUGAUGUAAAAUUUUAACUCACAGUGGGUAUUCCUGGUUGGAAUUUUACAUUAACUCACCGAUAAGUGAUUAGGAACAGAAGAAACGAAAUUGGAAAAAAUUCUCGCUUAGUGGUAUAAAGAUUACGCUUAGAUUUCUGCUUCUAACUUGUGUUUUAUAGCUUGUGUAGUGAGGCAUGGGCUAAUGCAGAAUGUAUUGCAUCGAUGCAAUUAGCAAAAUAACUGCUAGUUUUCAUUUUAUCUCUUAUUGUAUUAGCAACACAAUGGUAUUUAACUGGGUAAGGCUCCUACCUACCUAUUUGAGUAUUGUGACAUCUCUACUUGCAAGGUUUGAGUGAAAGAUUAGUCACAGAUUAGUGAAAACAAACAAAAAAAAAGUGUCUUUUUGUUAAAACUGGCUUAUGUGUAUGGAUUGUUGCUUUUUCGCCUGUUUGGUAUGUCAGCUAACAUUUUCUGUUUCUUUUAUUGUU